AGCCUGAUCUAACUUACAGGGUGGUUUUGAGAAUCAAAUGAAGAGGAGGAAGACUAUGUAAGCUACCUUAUGUUCCUAAAGAGGAAAAAAGAAGAAAUGAAGGUAUUACAAUAAAUAAAAUAAUGAAUGAAUUUUUGUUCAAUGGCUAUCCUGAUUGGUAUCAUCUAAGUCAUCCUAUUAUUUAUCAUGCACAUUAUUACAUGAGCUUUAAUCAGUGUCUUACAUGGUCUGUGUUCCUUCCCAGUUUUUCUUGAUGGUUUUGCAGUGCCAAUCACUGCCUCAGCUUAAAAAUGGUUGUAGAUUUUGAAAAUCCAAAAGAAAAAAAAAGCACAACAUGUGGCUUUCAAGCUAGCUUGCAGAACUCUCCAUCAGGCAUCUGGCCAGGGCGGCUUAUUUUAUAUUGUAUGUUUGUAUUUUAUUCUAAUGUUUAUAUUUUUAAUUUAUUAUUAUUAUUAUUUAAUUUAUUGUUGUAAGCCUCCCCGAGGCUUCGGCGAAUGGGGCAGCAUAAAAAUGUUUUAAUAAAUAAAUAAAGGAAGACAAAGGUAGAGGAGAAAAGAAAAAGAUGUUGCUGUAUGAUGGCACAUUAAAAGCCCAAUAUGCAAAAUGUUACUUUCUAGAAAUGGUAAUUCAACAAACACGCAGUGGACUGAUGAUAUUGGACUGUCUUCAGUGCAAAAGAUCACAGUGCAAAUCCCCCCACUUCUUCUGUGGCAUCCUGGAAGAAGUGGGGUUUGCACAUCCUUCAUCUUGCCUGCCUCUCCCAGAGACCCAGGUAACCUCCAGGCCAGGCCACACAGCUUCAGGAAGGGUGUGAGUGGGGCCGUAGAAGAAAUUUAAGACUUCAUCAGCAAGAUGGGCAUUCUCUGUGGGCCCAAGGUUGUUCACCUGGAGACUAUCCACCCAGAGAUUCCUUUGUUCAUUGUUUACUUAUAGAUAACACCAAAAAAUUAAAAUGUGUAUUUAUGUGUUCGACCCUAAUAACUAGUCAUUUACUAUGGGCAGGAACAACAAACAAUUGAUGAUGACACUGAUGAUGUUAAUAGUCCUGCUGUAGUAAUCAGUGAUAGAGGCUUGGAUAAUGCCAACCUUAAUAAGGGUUCCACUUUUUCAAGAAAGAAGAAAGAUCCAAGGUAAAACUCUCACUGCUGGCUCUCUAUGUGCUGUGCUUAUUUCUUCACGUGACAUUGGAAAUAUAUAUUGUAAAGUAUAUCUGUGUAAUGUACAAUUUAUGAGCAGCAGAAGUUCUGGGUUCCUAACUGGGACAUUCUUCUCACAGCUGUAUGUGUGUAUAUACUUUCUGGUAAAAAGUACAGCUGACCCUAGGUUAUUUCGUGCAAGGACUAAUAAGGAACACUCCCACUGGGACCCAUGCUAGCACCUUGUUCCAUUUCUUAGCUGCUUCCCUUUCAUGGGCUGUGCUACCAAAGCACCACACAAUCAAAGGCAAGACCCACAUUAAUCCUGCCUUUUGUGUGCACCUGCCUCAGCUUUCUUUGCUACCCACAGUAGCCCUGCAUGCUGUAAUAACCUCUUAAGACUCCCACAGCAUGCCAUGUCCAUCUGCGUUCAAUAAAUGAACGUAGGAGCCUGCAUCUUUAUGCACUUGAUACAACACAGUCUUUGUACUACCAGUGUAUGGUUUUCUCUCCUUCUGCUUCUCCUCUUGCACUUGGUCGCGGUACAGGCACCAGUAUUUAGGCAGGCUUGCACACUGAAAAUUCCCUAUCUUUUCCAUUUCUUUUGCAUAUUAAAUAAAUAUAUAGACCACCUUUUAGAACACGGGCAUCUUUACCUUUCAUUCCUACUUGCUUGGAUUCCUUUGUUCAUCCUAGCCCACUGUUGGCUGGGCAGCAAAAUUAAAAUUCUUCCUGCUUCAGUAGAUGGGGUGAUGGUUAGUGAUGGAAGGAAUGGAGCAGGUGGCAUACCACUUGCACUCCAUAUGCAUUGCAAAGGUUAAACAUGCCCUAUCUGGAUUGAAGCCCCUCAGUCCUAACUGGCACAUUAACGCCUUUCCUACACAAGUAUGACUGCAUUUAAACACUGCUAUGCAUAUAUUUUCCUUCAUCACUGGUAAUGCUAAUGUGGUGCAGAAUAUCAUAUGUAAGUAAUUUCAAUGGGGAGUUCAUUUUGAGAAAGCAAAUAAAGAGAUUGUUUUAAUUUAGAAAUCUCUUUGAAGAUCAGUGACUGAAUUAAGUUUCUUCUUCCUGGGAAAAUAAAUGUAGUUACACCACCACCUUGCAGCUGCUGGGGUUAGAUGAGGACUUGGAUGCCAGUGACAAGGACCUGACCAUGAGGAAAGGUGCUUACUCGAGUCUCCUCUGUUUGCGUCACUUGAGAAUCAGAGAACUGCAGAGAAUUAGCUUGGGAAUCCUCAACUACUUCAGAUCCAUUGAAAGAACCCUUACAAUCAGCACCUCAGGUCUUGCAUUGAGUUCUGGUCAUCUGAUCUCCACUGCUGAAGAUUCCUCUUGGAUAAAUGCAGCAAAAGGCGGUGCUGGUGCUUUUGGUGGUCUUGCCUCACAUUCCUAUAUGCAUAAUACACCAGCUGACUAUAAGGUUCACAAUGCACAAUUUAUGGAGUUUGCUGAGGUAGAAAAUCACGAUGAUUUCUACACUACAGAAGGAGUAUACAUCCAUACACAGGAUCAGAGAGGGGCUUUUGUGAUGUAUGAUUUAGCUCUCCAAGACUUGAAAGAGCUAGAAAAACAGCUUUUGCUUGUGGCAACCCAGUACAUUGAGGCAGACAAAGGCUACAAGGUGUGCAGUGAGCCCCGCUGUCAGGGCUUCUCUGAGUGGGCACAUGCGUCAGCAGAUCGAUCUGCAGUACUGCUCGACCUUUGGACUUGUGAAACAGCUUUCCUGGAAAAUAAAUGGCAGCUUGUGGAUAGUUACUUUGAAGUGUACCAACAUGCUUUGGAUUCAGAGGAAAGAUUUGCUUUGGUUCAAGUAAUAACGGACAUCAUGCAUAGGCGCCCUCGAUUUGAUUUCCACCUUGGGUAUUUUGUAAACACCUAUCAAGAUGAGUGUGUUUGCCUUAAGCUUCACCUACAGUUGGUGAAGGACAUAUUGAACCAACAGAUAGAUAGCCAGCGUGAAUAUAACCGUAAGGUUUGGCGUGAUGGCCCCAAAGGUGGCAUCUGUGAAUUUGGUUUGCCUCCAUAUAUAGUUCCAAAGCAAUUAAUUGCUGUGAAUAAUAGUCCUACCGCUUUGAAGAAUGUUUAUUUAUUGGAGUUCCAUCCCUCCCUUGGCCUGGUGUCUUUAAUUCCUAAAGCUCUGGCUCAUGUCCUCCAGGAGUUCCAGCAAAUCUGUUGGCCAAGGACAGCCAGUGAGGCAAUUAAUCUGGAGAAAUGUGUACUUCAACUUGCACUGGAUGCUUGGCUGACUAUGGAAAGUCCAGAGUGUUUUUAUGGCUCCCAGCUUCAGAAAGAUUUAUUCUCAGAUAUUCUGGUUGAAGAUCCUUCUCUUAUCAGAGACAUUGCUUUGUCUGCACUGAAUUCAAUAACAGAGGAAGAACAGAAAUGGAGCAAAGAAAAACAAGCUUAUAUCCCAAAUGUCUUCUUAAGACUCCUUGAACUUUUAACCCUUCGUCAUCGAUUGAUAGAUGCAGCAGCAGAGAGUGCACACCUGGGCAGACUGUACAAAGAAUUUGCAGGAGAAAUGGGCUUUGAUGAGUUCCAUUUGUACUUAAGACCUGUGUACUUUGAGUUUGCAACUCACAAAGAGGAAGCUGACCAGUGCUCACCGAUAUUCAUUACUUCUCUUCUCUCUGAGCACAAGGACAACAGUGUGGAUAGAUACAUUCCAUCCAACUUAACGUUAAGCAUCGAGGAUAUUGACAAUCAAAUUGGAAAGUUUAGCUUUCGUACAAGAGAGAGCUUUCUUCAGCUUUUAUGGAAGCACUAUGGAGUAGAAAACUUGCAGACUGCUCUCGCUUGUCAAGUUGUUCAUAAAAAUGCUCUCCUUGCUGCUGUUCAACAGGCUGCAUUUUGCCCCAUGAUGCAGGUCACACGCCCUGUGGACAUGAAGGUUAGGAUUCUCUCUUUACCUCUGCCCACCAAAGGCCAAGUUACAGAGUACACAGAGCUCCAGGUAACUUUUGCUGACCUUUAAAAUGAAAAGCAGCCACAGCAGGUUGCAGAAAGACAAGGAAAAGUUAGGAAAGGUGGUGUAUGUGUAACUUUGUCCUUACUGGACAUCUUUCCUCUCCUCGAUUUCUUCCUUCAUUCUGAUUCCCUGCACUCUUGCACAUAUACAAGUUCUUGUAUCUCUUCCUUGAGGAAAGAACAAUAUCCUGAGAAGAUAUUGGAGAAGAAAAAC